CGUUCGUGUUGAUUAAUCAAAUGAAGUUAGAUGAUGUUGCUGUCCAUGGUUCUAAAUACAAUUUCGGGUGGAAGUAUGCGUCAGCACCAUGGACAGCUGCCCAAUCUGCCUUCGUUUACUUUAGAAUUUACCACGGAUGGACAGAAAAGCACCAAAUAAUCCGGCUCCAAAUAAACUUCGCCAAAGUUUGUUAUUUCCAUGGCUUCACACCAUUUAAUGUCCUGUUUUUAACCUCGCGUCUUCUCAAUUUAGCCACCCCCUUUACUGUUUAUAUUAAUGCGCAAUGAUCCGGCAGAGUCGAAGUGGAAAUGUGUCAUUUACCCUUUAACUUUAAUAGCAAAUAUUUCUUUGAUUAAUAGUUACACCAAAGGGCAUCCAUUAAAAAACGCGCUGGCGCAGCAAAUUAUGUUGGGGUGCGAGUGAGCGUGUGGACACCUCUAGCAACCAAACGAGGGCAAACUAUAAGGUUUCGUUAGGUGGUAAAGGAGAUCCACUUGACCGCUUUAUAUCCGGUUUCCGUUUUUUCCCAGUCGCCUUAUCUCGCGUUCCUUUAUUCCUAAGUGUUUCAUUUUCGCUUUUAUUCGAGCAAAUUGACAACACAUCGGUAUGAUGAGGAUUCUCAUUUAUCUUGCAUUACACCCGAAUUACUUCGCACAGUAGCGGAAUGCGGCGGAAGCCUCGCGGGAUCGUGUUACCCUGCACCUUGCUUUUUUCAGGAGGAAUGGGGUGAGCAAAGCGGGGGUGGGUGUUGAAAUGCCAACUUUGUGGAAACGGAUCGUGUUCUCCUUCGGUUCUAUACUCAGCAUUGGUUCUGUGGUGCUUCUCGUUGUGGCGCUCUCCACCGAGCGCUGGAUUACCGGAACCACCCUGUGUCAGACAGGAGUGGAUCUAGUGAACGCGUCUAACCCGGAGCUCGAGCAGUUCACGGGACAUAUUUACUACGGGCUCUUUCAGGGCGGGAAAACGCGGAGAUGUGGACUCGGUGUUCGCCGCUCCAAAAUAUACAUCGUUCCCAAAGCUCGUUAAAAAAUCAAUGGUGGUCUCACAUUCAACUUUCUUCAUUCAUCAGUAUUGCUUUGCUUGGUCAGUUUAGCAUUCUGUAUAUAAGCCAGGAAAGUUCCUUAUCAAUCUAUUAAAGGACCAUUCUCACUUUACAUUUACACUCUGUUCAGCGCAAUGUUCGCAUGUUUCCUCGCAGCAGUUCAUGCCAUAUCUUACAGAGCAUGGCUAACUACAAAGAAACUUUCGCCUUGUAUUCUUGAAGAGAGUCUCUGCUUUUCCUUCGGUCUGUGUCCCACGCUUACACAUGUCAACAUUCUUGUUAGUAGCCUCCAGAAAAUCCACACUAAAAUACAGACUAAACAAAGAACGAACCCACAUUUCUCAAUUGGCGAGAGAUUAAAACACUGCUUAUGA